GCUCGCUCUGCCCCGCCGGCCGGGCGCGUCCCCGGGCCCGCACCGCGCCGCGGCGGGCGCACAUGGCAGCGUGAGAGGCCGGCGGCGGGAGCGCGGGAGCCCGGGAGCCCGGGAGCCGGAGCGCGGGAGCCCGGGAGCCCGGGAGCGGCGGGCCGGAGCCGCAGGGCCGCAUGGACCGCGGCGCCACCCCCGCCGGCCCCCACUAGGGCCCCCAGUCCGCGGGCGCCAGCCUCCCCCCCCAUCAUGGUGCCUCGGCGGCCGCCCGGGCUGGGCACGGCCGGCCGGAGCCGCUGAGCCGGGGCCCCCGCGGCGGCCGGGAGCUGCAUGGGGGAGCGCGGGCCGCGCUCGGGAAGAUGCCCCGGCCGGAGCUGCCCCUGCCGGAGGGCUGGGAGGAGGCGCGCGACUUCGACGGCAAGGUCUACUACAUAGACCACACGAGCCGCACCACCAGCUGGAUCGACCCGCGGGACAGGUACACCAAACCGCUCACCUUUGCUGACUGCAUUAGUGAUGAGUUGCCGCUAGGAUGGGAAGAGGCGUACGACCCACAGGUUGGAGAUUACUUCAUAGACCACAACACCAAAACCACUCAGAUCGAGGACCCGCGGGUCCAAUGGCGGCGGGAGCAGGAGCACAUGCUGAAGGAUUACCUGGUGGUGGCCCAGGAGGCGUUGAGCGCGCAGAAGGAGAUCUACCAGGUGAAGCGGCAGCGCCUGGAGCUCGCGCAGCAGGAGUAUCAGCAGCUGCACGCCGUCUGGGAGCACAAGCUGGGCUCCCAGGUCAGCUUGGUGUCAGGCUCAUCAUCCAGCUCUAAGUAUGACCCUGAGAUCCUGAAAGCUGAAAUUGCCACUGCGAAAUCCCGGGUCAACAAACUAAAGAGAGAGAUGGUUCACCUCCAGCAGGAGCUGCAGUUCAAAGAGCGUGGCUUUCAGACCCUGAAGAAAAUCGAUAAGAAAAUGUCUGAUGCUCAGGGCAGCUACAAACUGGAUGAAGCUCAGGCUGUCUUGAGAGAAACAAAAGCCAUCAAAAAGGCCAUCACGUGUGGAGAAAAAGAAAAGCAAGAUCUCAUUAAGAGCCUCGCCAUGCUGAAGGAUGGCUUCCGCACAGACAGAGGGUCCCACUCUGACUUGUGGUCCAGCAGCAGCUCUCUGGAGAGUUCAGGUUACCCACUGCCAAAACAGUACCUGGAUGUCAGCUCCCAGACGGACAUCUCGGGAAGUUUUGGCACGAGCAGCAACAAUCAGUUGGCAGAGAAGGUCAGAUUGCGCCUUCGAUAUGAAGAGGCUAAGAGAAGGAUCGCCAACCUGAAGAUCCAGCUGGCCAAGCUGGACAGUGAAGCCUGGCCUGGAGUGCUGGACUCGGAAAGGGACCGGCUGAUCCUCAUCAAUGAGAAGGAAGAGCUGCUGAAGGAGAUGCGCUUCAUCAGCCCCCGAAAGUGGACACAGGGGGAGGUGGAGCAGCUGGAGAUGGCCCGGAAGCGGUUGGAGAAGGACCUGCAGGCAGCUCGGGACACCCAGAGCAAGGCACUGACAGAGAGGUUAAAAUUAAACAGUAAGAGGAACCAGCUGGUGAGAGAACUGGAGGAAGCCACCCGACAAGUAGCAGCUCUACAUUCUCAGCUGAAAAGCCUCUCAAGCAGCAUGCAGUCCCUGUCCUCAGGCAGCAGCCCUGGGUCCCUUACGUCCAGCCGAGGCUCCCUGGCUGCCUCCAGCCUGGACUCGUCCACCUCAGCCAGCUUCACUGACCUCUACUACGACCCCUUCGAGCAGCUGGACUCGGAACUGCAGAGCAAGGUGGAGUUUCUGCUCUUGGAGGGAGCCACGGGCUUCCGGCCCUCGGGCUGCAUCACCACCAUCCAUGAGGAUGAGGUGGCCAAGACCCAGAAGGUGGAGGGGGGCGGCCGCCUACAGGCCCUGCGCUCCCUAUCUGGCACCCCGAAGUCCAUGACCUCCCUGUCGCCCCGCUCCUCCCUCUCCUCUCCAUCCCCACCCUGCUCCCCUCUCAUUGCCGACCCCCUCCUGGCUGGAGACGCUUUCCUGAGCCCUCUGGAGUAUGAAGACCCGGAGCUGAGUGCCACUCUUUGUGAACUGAGCCUUGGCAGCAGCACCCAAGAAAAAUACCAACUGGACGAACCAGGAACAGAAGGCAAACAGUUGGGCCAAGCUAUGAAUACAGCCCAGGGGUGCAGCCUGAAAGUGGCCUGUGUCUCAGCAGCUGUGUCGGAUGAAUCGGUGGCUGGGGACAGUGGUGUGUAUGAGGCUUCCGUGCAGAGACUGGGUGCUUCCGAAGCUGCUGCUUUUGACAGUGAUGAAUCAGAAGCAGUGGGUACCACCCGGGUUCAGAUUGCCUUGAAGUAUGAGGAGAAGAAUAAGCAAUUUGCAAUAUUAAUCAUCCAGCUCAGUAACCUUUCUGCUCUGUUGCUGCAACAGGACCAGAAAGUGAACAUUCGUGUAGCUAUCCUUCCCUGCUCCGAAAGCACCACCUGCCUGUUUCGGACCCGGCCCCUGGACGCCUCAGACACCCUCGUGUUCAAUGAGAUGUUCUGGGUGUCCAUGUCUUAUCCAGCCCUUCACCAGAAGACCUUAAGAGUCGACGUGUGUACCACUGACCGGAGCCAUCUGGAGGAGUGCCUGGGAGGUGCCCAGAUAAGCCUGGCUGAGGUCUGUCGGUCUGGGGAGAGGUCGACUCGCUGGUACAACCUCCUAAGCUACAAAUACUUGAAGAAACAGAGCAGGGAGACCAAACCAAUGGGAGCCAAGGUCCCCACCCCAGGGCCUGAAAGCACGGAUGCUGUAUCUGCUCUGUUGGAACAGACAGCAGUGGAGCUGGAGAAGAGGCAGGAGGAAAGAAGCAACUCACAGACGCUGGAGGACAGCUGGAGGUACGAGGAGACCAGCGAGAAUGAAGUGGCAGUGGAGGAGGAGGAGGAGGAAGGAGAGGAGGAUAUCUUCGCUGAGAAAGCCUCACCUGAUAGGGACGAGUGCCCAGCGUUAAAGGUGGACAAAGAGACCAACACAGAGACCCCAGCCCCAUCUCCCACAGUGGUGCGGCCCAAGGACCGACGGGUAGGCACACCAUCCCCAGGGCCCUUUCUUCGAGGGAGCACCAUCAUCCGCUCUAAGACUUUCUCCCCAGGACCCCAAAGCCAGUAUGUGUGCCGGCUGAACCGAAGUGACAGUGACAGUUCCACGCUGUCCAAGAAGCCACCUUUUGUUCGAAACUCCCUGGAGCGGCGCAGUGUCCGGAUGAAGCGGCUGUCCCUCCCCCCGCAGCCUUCGUCGGUCAAAUCCCUGCGCGCCGAGCGCCUGAUCCGCACGUCGCUGGACCUCGAGCUGGACCUGCAGGCGACCAGGACCUGGCACAGCCAGCUGACUCAGGAGAUCUCGGUGCUGAAGGAGCUCAAGGAGCAGCUUGAACAAGCCAAGAGCCACGGCGAGAAGGAGUUGCCGCAGUGGUUGCGUGAGGAUGAGCGCUUCCGCCUGCUGCUGAGGAUGCUGGAGAAGCGGGUGAGAGCCACGCAAGAGAUGGACCGAGCAGAGCACAAGGGUGAGCUUCAGACAGACAAGAUGAUGCGGGCAGCUGCCAAGGAUGUGCACAGGCUUCGAGGCCAGAGCUGUAAGGAGCCCCCAGAAGUGCAGUCUUUCAGGGAGAAGAUGGCAUUUUUUACCCAGCCUCGAAUGAAUAUCCCGACCCUCUCUGCCGACGAUGUCUAAUCGCCAGAAAAGUAUUUCCUUUGUUCCACUGACCACGCUGUGAACAUAGACUGUGGCUAAAGUUAUUUAUGUGGUGUUAUAUGAAGGUACUGAGUCAUGAGUCCUCUAGCGCUCUUGUCGGUUUGAAGAUGAACAGAUUUUUUUUUUUUUUUUUAGUUUGGGUUCUAUUAUUAUUAAAAAAAUAAAAAAUAAAAAAAUAAAAACAACAAAAACCAGCAUUAAAAUGACAAGAUUGUAUAGUUUGUAUAUUUAGGAAUGUAUUUUUGAGAAAGAAAAUUUAAAUGAACUCAAGCAGUGUUAAGUUGCUGCUCUUCUUAAAAUUGUUUAGAUUUUUUUUUUUUUUUUUUUUUUUUUUGUACAGCUCUACCUUCUAGAGGUUUCACUGCAAUAAGAAGUAAUGUUUCAGGGACGGUGAUCCUUAAAGGACGUCCCCUGCAGGUGUCAACAGCACAGCUGACCUUUCCUACUUAACACAUUUUGUACAAUAUUAAAAAAAAAAAAAAUGCCUGGAACCAUUUGGGGGGUUCUGAGGUACAUUUGCGAGUCUUGAUGAGCUGUGGUGUGUUUUGAUGUGGCCGCCUGACGUGGAAUGGGCAGCACGGAGCAGGCCGAGCAGCCCAGCCCGUGCUGGUGACAGGCCUGCCCACUCCGGUCCCGGAUGCCCAGUGAAACCACUGAAGUGAGUGAGGGAGGGCUGUGGAGAACUCCUUUCGGUUUUAUCUCCAUCAAUAAAGUGGCCUUUCUGAACGAACUUCCGCUCUCUCUUUUUCUCUCCCACCCCUCACUUCAUCUGUGUCUCCCCCAUUUUUUACCUGUCCCUUUCUAACCAUUUCCUCUCCGCCUGUCUACAGGCCAGGGGAUGGUUUUUCCCUUACAGGCACCACCACUCAUUCACUCAUUGGAUUCAAACCCCCUGCUCAUGGGCGUCUGGGUGUCUCAGUGGUUGAGCAUCUGUCCUUUAGCUCAGGGUUUUGGGAUUGUGUCCCACAUCGGGCUCCCUGCGGGGAGCCUGCUUCUCCCUCUGCCUAUGUCUCUGCCUCUCUCUGUGUCUCUCAUGAAUAAAUUAAAAAAAAAAAAAACACUGCUCAGCUAGGGCUGUUGCAGAUAAUGGGAAAUCAGCCUUUAACAAACAAGUAGCCAGGUCCCUUCCUCCUUGCUUUUUCUGACACUAUCCUGUGCAGCUUUUCUCAAGGUACACCAUACCACCAACCACAUCAGAAUCGCUUCACACAGCUUGUAAAAUACAGAUUCCUAAACCCCUCCCCAGACCCUCUGAGCCACCCUUUCUCACCUGGGAUGAGCCCAAAGACCUGCUUUUAUCCGUGUUCCCACUGGAAGUAAUAUGCACACCAAAGUUUGAGGAACCUACUAGUAUAAUGCAAAGGAAGCUCAGGCAAAGACAGGGGCAAAAUGGUGAGGCCCUGCAGCCUAGGAGAGAGUCACACAGGGCACACUAAUAUGCAUGGCCCUCUCCAGGCCACUGAGGACCAUUACAGGAGGGAGUGAUGGAGAGAGUCAAGACCAUUUCCCUUGGCUGUGGAGACUCUUCCCCCACUUCCCCUCUAUAUCUGUUACCUGGCUGUUUCUUCCAUAGGAGAAACCUAUAGAGGUGUAGAAUCUAUCCUUAUUCCCCCACAUGGUUUCCAGGGUUUUUGAUAGCUCAGACUCCCUGCAACAAUACAGUCCAAUUUCUCACCAUCAACCCAGGGCCACCCCCUUCCCCAGUACUGCACCCUCUAAACACACCACACUUCUGUGCACUCUCUCUUCUUCUGUGAAAUUCCACCCCAUAUGUUGAGGGUUGGCUUUGCAAUUUCUUCAAAUGAGUGUCAGCACUGUCCCUGAUCCAUCACAAUAGGCCCAAGGACACAAGGAUUGUGUCCCUGCUGUCUUGUGACCCCUGGUGCCUGUACCGCUCAGAGCUUUGAGAUGUUGUCCUUGCUGGCCCUGCCCUGGUGUUAAGGGCAUUGGCUACAGCAAUGGAGCAGAGGACCCAAACUGGAUAGUCAAGAGUGACCCAUCCCAUUGGCUGUCACAAUUAGAGCGAGGAUAUGCAUGAGACCCUAGCUGGGCCAACCAGUGCCCUUCUUCAGCAUUUCUACCUGAAAGUUAGAGACUAAAUUUUCCCUUCCCAAAGCUAUCUGUAGCCAUGGUUCACUUUUCUGGGAUCAACCUCUCAGAGAGAAGCAGUUAUAAGAAGUGGGGAAACUAGGACUUGACCUGGGGUUUAAAUCCUCCAUUCUCUCUCUAGCUGUAGUCUGUCUGGUGAACCAGAUCAAGAGAGCUAAUAAAGGGGCACUGGGUGGCUCAGUCAGUAAAGUGUCUGCCUCCAACUCAGGUUGUGAUCUCAAGGUCCUGGGUCGAGCCCCUUGUCUGGCUCCCUGCUCAUUCUCUCUCUCUCUCUCUCUCUCUCUCUCUCUCUCUCUCUCUGCAUCUCAAAUAAAUAAAUAAAAUCUUUAAAAAAGAGAAAGAGCUAAUAAAAAUGUGAAGGUCAUGCAGUACCAUUUUUUUUCCCCUCGGUCACACAUUCAUCCACGGUCAUCUCUCCCAGCAAGGCUCAGCCCCUCACACUCCUACAGCAUCAGCUUCUGGGAAGCAGAGCUGCUCACACCCCCCUCAUGUGGGGGAAAGGCUGUGUGGAACCAAUCCUCCUACCCAAGCACUAUGUCUCAGUAUUGCUUUAGCUGACAGAGCAUUUGCAGGCGGCCCUCUGUCCACCAUAGCCUUGGAUUCUCUAAACAGUUCACUGGCACACCAGCAAUACAUCCUGUCAUUUGCCUGACGAGAAAUUGAAGAAUAGAUAAAGAAAUUCCACUCAGACUCACGCACGUAUGUUCUCCAGAAUCUUCAGGAAAUAUAGUUUCAGAAAUGUGGAAAGAUCUGCUCUAGGUCUCUCAGAUAGGAAAUGGCCAGAGCUAGGACACAAAUACCAUCUAGCUCCGAAAUGAUUUUUGUGUUUCAGUGCUGGUCUCUGUUUCAUGGCACUGUGGUCACAUGUGGGCCCUACCCAAAGGGAAUUUGAACAUUUGGUUUUGAAGAGUGAAGUCAUGAAAUCCUGUGGUUUCUCUGCAGGGGAGGAUAGGGAGGUACGAUAAAGGUGGUGUGACUAGGACACUGGCCUGAGAAAAAACUGACCGGCUCUGACCCAUUCACAAAACCAGUGGUUGCCUUUGACCAUAAACCCUUUUGCAAUGUACACAUUAGCAAUCUUUGUGCUUCCUGCAUCCAAGAAAACUAAUAAGAUUUGUCUAGUUACCUGUCCCCCUGCUAAUCAGACUCCUUAAUUUUUCUUUCCUGUAUUCCCACAUUUCUUCUCUGUAUUCUGUAUUUAAGUUCUAGUUCCUUCUGCCCAGUUCACUCUUCCUUCGUGUUUUCACCCUGUCUUCAUACGGCUCUCUGUUUAUCAAUAUUCUGAUCCUAGGUCAAGCCUGACCCCUUAGAGAAACCUCUCCCCAUAACCCUGGGCCACCCUAUCCAACUUACCCUCCCAUAUGUCACUCUCUGACACAAUGACCCAAUUUGUUCAGAACGCUGUUUCUCUGCAGUAAUCUUGUUACAUCCCCUCAUCUAUCUCUUCCCUCUAAAAUAUAAGAUCUUAAAACAGGGACUUUGUUUGCUGUGCUCUCUGUUGAGUCUGAUGCAGAGUGGGUGCUCGAUAAAUAUUUGUGGAAUAAAUGAACAAGAUCAAAUGUCUCCCCCAGAGGUGUGUUUACUCCCUUUGUCAGGCCUGACCAGGGCAAAGGAAGAUUCUGGGUGGAAUAAGAGUACUGAAGGGCGUUCUUUGGGGUGCUGGGUUGUGGACACCUCUCUGAUCCAGCUCUGCACUUGCCCCACCAAACAUGCACACACCACCCUAGAGCGUAAAGAAGCAGAAGUGAUUGGGAUGGCUAACACCCACACACACAAUGUUUAUGUUCUUUGAGGGAAAAGUCAGGUUAUUUACCCUGAAAUCAUUCCUCUCUUGUAACAAUUAGUUGUGUUGCAUUAAUAGCUAAUACUUACAUACCACACAAAAUCGGGAGGGUACAUAAGAGCUUCCGUAGCAAAUUCUUCCACUCACAGUAGACCUAGGCACUGUGCUAAAUGUUUACUUAUUUUGAACCCAUCCUCACCACAACCCCACAAGGUAAGCACGUUAUGAUCAUUCAUAUUUUACCAUUGAGGAAACCAGCUCAGAGGAGUUGUUUGCCCAACAUCUUACAGAUGGUAAGUGGUAGAAACUGGGAUUAAACCCAGUGUAUGUUCUCAAGACACCUCUUUACAGUGACCAGAGACUUCCUACCUCUGCUACCACCAGUUCCUCUUUCAAGACAUUCUAUAUUGCCAGUUUAUCCCAUGAUCCUCCCAGAGAUAGGCAAUAUAUUGUAUAUAUGCGAUGAAUGCAUAUUUAAUCUUAUGUGUAUCAUUUUCUCCACCUCAAAAUGCAUGUGAAAUGUAAUGUCCUAUACUUUGCCAUUUCUCAGUAUAUUUGUAAACGACUUCAUUCUUCUUAACAAUGAUGUAGUAUUCCACUGAAUGGUGUACCAUAAAUUAAUUGAUGGACAUUGA